CACAUACAGACAUGCACAUGCAUACUUCUUAAUAAUCAUCAUUUUAAAAUGGAAAUUGUAUUACGUGUUGUGUUCUUCGUAAGUUUUUUAUAUUUUGGUUUUGUAAGGGGUGGAGACUAUAAUGUUCUUGAUUUUGGUGCUAAGGGAGAUGGUGAAACUGAUGAUUCAAAGGCUUUUGUAAAAGCAUGGAAAACUAUGUGUGGAGAUGACGACGGAAACACAAAAACCCUUUUGAUACCCUCAGGCCAAACUUUCUUACUCCAAUCUCUUCAAUUUCAUGGUCCUUGUGGAUCUUCUUCUGUUGUUCAGAUGAAUGGCAACAUUGUUGCACCAGUCGACAAACGAGCAUGGUUGGACAACAAAACUCCAAACUGGAUAGUGUUUGUGAGUAUAAACGGUCUAACAAUCAUUGGUGUCGGAACUAUCAAUGGAUUUGGUUCAUCAUUUUGGGAGGAAACAAUUGAUAAAAGGCCUACUGCAUUGGAAUUUCGUAAUUGUAACAAUCUUAACAUAAGCGGAAUAACCUCGAUUGACAGCCCGAGAAAUCAUAUAUCAAUCAACAAUUGUGACAAAGUUAUGAUAUCAAAUAUACAACUUUUUGCACCCGAAAAAAGUCCUAAUACUGAUGGGAUUAAUAUAUCUUUCUCGACUAAUGUUAGCAUAUCUAAUUCUAUCAUUGGAACUGGAGAUGACUGCAUAGCUUUGAAAACUGGAAGUGUGAAUAUCAACAUUACAGAGGUUGUUUGUGGACCUGGUCAUGGAAUAAGUAUCGGAAGUUUAGGAGAUAAUGGGCAAAAAGCUAAAGUUCAGAACGUCCAUGUGACCCAUUCCACCUUCAACAAGACAACUAAUGGAGCCAGAAUCAAAACUUGGCAGGGUGGAGAAGGAUAUGCUAAGCAUAUCUAUUUUGAGCACAUUACCAUAAUUGAUGCAAUGAAUCCGAUUAUAAUUGAUCAACAAUAUAAAGAUAAAGGGCGUCACGGUCUCGAAUCGAAAAAGAAUUCUGCAGAUGUGGCGAUUAGCAAUGUAAAGUUCAUCGAUUUUCGUGGAACGACGUCAAAUGAAAAGAUUAUAACACUAAAUUGCAGCAAAAUCAAGCCUUGCAAAAACAUUGUUCUGAAUGACAUUAACAUUACGACGAUGAAUGGGGAAAAGUCUACAAUUGAUUGCAGCUCUGUGGUGGGAAAUUCUGACAGUUCCGUUGUAACGGCGGACUGUUUUAAGAUAUAGUUAUCUAUGUUUACAAAUUACAAGACACAAAAAUAGAUCGAAAAAAUGAUAGAUAACAUUUGUUUUUUAAUUGUCGAGCAAUGUUAUCUCUAUGGUGCAAUAAAUAAAUGGUUUAGCAAAAGUUCAAAAAAAAAAUAAUAAUAAUAAAUAAAUGAUUUAAU